UAAAUUGAAAUUCUUGGAAAUUUUGUGUCUCUUAUUUUAUUUUUUUGUAGAAGGCCGUUGCCACUGCAGACUAUUUUGACAGCAGCCAGCCAGCAGGCCAAAAUCUGAAAUUUUAAAGUGUUUCAACACGACCAGCAUUUGAUUUUAAUUUGUAUUAUUACUGCGAGUAAUUACAUUCAACUCUUAAAUAUGUUUCUAAAUCCAGCCGUUGGUUUUUCUUUUGAAAAAUUGUUUGUGCAUCAUAAACAUAGAACAUAGACAAUCCCGAAGGAGAAGAAUCAUAACCUCUUCACAACACCUAUUAAUACUGUUUUCUUCUUGUUUGCUAUCACCAAAUCUGCUAGAUUUAUUUUUAAAGAUCACUGCCAUUUCUCUAUAUGACAAGGUUUUACUAUGUGUAAAAUAGUUGAGAAUGGAACGAAGAACUUCUGCUUGACACACAGAGGGGUAGUACAUCAUUGUCAAUAUUGUUAGGGUCUUCUGGUUUUGCUCAAUGGUCAGAAUGAACCAUGACAUCCGUCUUUUUCCUCGUUUAAAAUAACAAACAUUCUACUAUUACUUAUUUAUUUUUCUGUUCAUUAUUAUGAUGAUUCAGAGUAGAUGUUCGACUGAAACGUCUUGUGACAAUGAAAAGCCAAAUUUGCAGGAUGUCUCUGAAUGUUCUAAUGCUAAUAGCUCAUUUUCAUGUUCUGUGACUAACAAUUCAAAAUCUGUGCCUUUGAACGAACUUUUAGAAAAGAUACCAUUAGCUUAUAGUCCAUUAACAAAGCAGCUUCACAUAUUAUAUCCAAAACAAGAAGCUAGCGAGAAAGUAGUGGAUGGUUUUGAGAGUCUAAAGUCCAGGGAGAACAUAAAUUCAUCAAAUAAUUAUCUGAAUAGUGAUGAGCAGCUUGAAGAUGAGAUGAGCAAUGCUUCAACACAAGAAAUGGUAGUUAGUCAUUGUGAAGGAGAUGGAAGCUCUCUAUCAAGUGAAACAUCUCACCAGCUUGAGGAGGGCCUUGUUGAUGACAGUAAUAAGCGCAAAAAGAAAGGCAUUGGUAGUUUCUUCUCAAGAGGUGUAUUUCUUUGGAAAAAUAGAGACUCUCCUGCAUCUAGUGCCGCCACAUACACAAGUAGUCCAGGAUGGAAGUUUUUCAGCAAAUCAGUGUUUGACCACUCACUUUCUAGUGUGUGCCCAAACGAUGAGGAAAUUGCCACUGCUAGCUCAGUGAGCCCCUUAGGCUCUCCAACAAGUUUAAGAUCAUCUGCGAGCAGUAGUAAACGAUAUGAAGAUGUGAUUGCCAGUAGCAGUGCUCUCAUAUUGCAUGAUAGACCUGCAAAUCUUCCUGCUAAAUCUGUGGAUGAGGAAGCCAAACACAAACAAGAAUACGAGCAAAUGGUAGAGGCAGCAAAAAAACGAGAACGCCAGGAAGCCAGAAUUAAGAAAAAACAAAUGCAACAGCAAAUAAAAACAGAAGAAAGACUAGCUCAUGCUACUAAAAUUUGGCUAACUGAUAUUCUUCCUAAGUGGAGUUCUGUUAUGAGUUCUCGUAAAAUUCAGAAUCUUUGGUGGCAGGGUAUUCCACCUUGUGUUCGAGGCAAAGUAUGGCUCCUGGCCAUUGGUAAUGAACUUAAUGUUACUCCAGAGUUGUAUGAAAUUUGUGUGACAAGGGCCCAUGAACUACUCAAAACUGUAAGCAACACAACCAGUUGUGACUCUGGCACUGAAAUUGACAAUCCUGAUAGACAAGCCAGUGUUGAACUGAUUCAGCUAGAUAUAUCAAGGACAUUCCCUCAGUUAUGUAUUUUUCAAAAAGGUGGUCCAUAUUAUGAUAUAUUGCACAGCCUUCUUGGUGCUUACGCAUGUUACAGACCUGAUAUUGGGUAUGUUCAAGGCAUGUCUUUUUUGGCAGCCAUAUUGAUUUUGAACAUGGAAGAGACUGAAGCAUUUGUGUGUUUUGCCAAUCUUCUCAACCGUCCAUGCCAUAUGGCAUUCUUCAGAUUAGAUCAGGCCAUGAUGCAAGCUUAUUAUUCCGUGUUUGAGCAACUGAUGGCAGACAACCUCCCAAAAAUUCAUUGCCACUUUUUAAAAUCACAUCUGUCUCCAGACUUAUAUCUUCUUGAUUGGAUUUACACUGUAUUUGCCAAAGCCAUGCCCUUAGAUGUGGCUUGCAGAGUGUGGGAUGUUUUUCUUAGAGAUGGUGAGGAAUUUUUGUUCCGCACCGCCUUAGGUGUUCUUCAUCUGUAUCAGGAGCUAUUGUUAGGUUUUGACUUUCUGGUUGGGGCACAGUUUUUAACAAAACUUCCAGAAGAUUUGAAUGCAGAUAAUCUCUUCCUCUCCAUACAAGGAAUUCGAAUGCAAAGAUACUCUGAUUUGCUCACUAUGUAUCGCUCAACAUGUGUAGCUUCUAGUGGUUCAUAUUGCAGUACAACGAACAGUUCAGGAACGAACACUCCAAUAGAAUUAAACUAAGGCUUUGAUGUUUGUGGUAACAGCAAAGAAGUACAAAUGAUGAAAUUUAGUAUAGUUUGAACAUAGAACAGAAAAUCAACUAUUUUUUUAAUGUAUAGUUAAUGUGAGAUUAAGUCAUGGUUGUUUUGUCUAUUUCGUUAAGUUUGCUCAUAUGCCUGAUGAUAAACAGAAUAGUUUACUUGCAACAUGUUUUAGAAACAUGAUGAUGUGUCUGUGACAUGAUAUUAUAUUUUAGCAAAUUUACAUUUUUAAAUAUGUUGCCAUGUAAAGCUGAUAAUUAACCUAUCUAAAAUUAUCAUUAUUGGUUUACUCAAACCUAUUAUUGCAAUAACUUUAUCAAAGACAAUAUUCUGGAGAAAGUUGUACACAUUUUAAAUAGUGAUACUGAAAGCAGACGGAACUGAGGUUAUUCAUAAACUUUGUUCCUGCUUUAGAGAGCAUCAUAUGAAAUUCCUUGCUUUACUGGUUCUUCCAUCUAAAUUUUGCUUAUGUAUUAUUAUCAUUGAAUACAAAAACUAGCAGUUACUUUAUACGACAUUAUCUCUUAGUUUCUCAUUAAUUCUCAUCAGCAGAACCCAAGAGUGGUCCUGUGAUUUGUCACAACAUCUCUUUCUAAUGUGAUUUAUGUACCUCUCAAGAGCUGCAGUUAAAGCAACUAGUCAAUGCAAAUUACUAAUUUUCUAUAGCAUUCAAUCAGCUAGUUCUAAAAGUUUAUCUUUUUUUAUAUUCUAUUAUCCAGUUUUGUUUUUAAAAACUUCUAUCUGUUUUGACUUGUUGAAAAAUUUUGUUUUGUUUCAAGUUUUAGAAUCUCAAAGUGAGGGUCAAAGACCUCCUUUUGUGGUAUACUUUAUUUUAGUUAUUAUAACAUUUUUGAAGGUUACUGGUAAACUUACCUUUUCUUUUUUUUUUUUUAGAAACUGUUUGUUGUAGUUGAAGUCCUUUCUUUGUCAUAAAAUUAUACUUGCUCAAUAGUAUAUAUUUCAGCUUCAAUCAGCUAAUAGUAAUCAGUUCCUAUUUAUGUUCACCAGUGAGUAUUAGCUAUUGUAAGUCUGCCAAGAUGUAUGGAUAAACCUGAAUCUCAUGAGUUACACCUCUAAUUUAGGGUUGGUUGGUGAGUCCUUUCAUUAUUAAAUUAUGUCAAAGACUAACAAAAAUCCUGCCUCACAAUUGUAAUAACACUUUAACAUUUACUUCAAACACUUCAGCUGUCUGUUCUUGUAUUUGCUUCAAUGCUUUUUUUCUUUUUUUUUUUUUUUGCUUAGUGUCUCAAUGAAUCUGUGCUCCUAAAGUAACUCAUUCCAUAGGUUCUGGUAUUAUCAUACCAGUACAUUUAAAGUGCCAACUAUUUCUACAUUCUGCCCUCUUCAUGUCCAUGCUAUAAGAGUUGAUUCUAAGCAUUGACAUUCAAUUUGACUUUGAAUUACUUGUUAUCAAGGUUAUCUUCAAUAAGAAUAGCUUUAGUGUUAAAUAUCUAUAUUUUUGUAUAAUUCUGAAUCUGAAAACACUUAUUCAUUUAUAUGAGUGGUACUGUAAGAUCACUUCACCAAAGAAUCACAUUUUAGUGUGAUGAACUGUGUUGCACAAGACGUUGCGUUAGAUAUGCAGGGACCAUGUUCGUGUGUUCAAACGUUGUAAAGUGAGGAUAUAUAACGUUGUCAAGGCCUGGAUUGAGGAUUGUAUCUCAAUGCAUAAAAAUUUCUCAAACUCAUCAUAUUAGAGGCCAUAUGUUUUAAUUUUUUCAUCUACUUAUUUCAGUCAAAACAAAUUCCUCUUAUAAUGGAAGAUAACAUUGCAAUACAAUAAAACAUUAAUUUAUUUGUUAACUCGUUUACUUUUAUGAGUGUCUCACAUGACUGGGUAAUUAGCCUUAUGAUUAUGCCUGUUAUUUUUUUUUAGUUGUACUUUGUUUUAUGUAUCAACAAGAUCUUGAAAUAGAACAUAUCAAUAUUAAAAACAA